AUGCAGGCGCGGCGUCUAGCCAAGCGCUCCAGCCUGGGCAGCCGCCGGGGGGGCGCCGCGUUGCAGGCGCCCGGACCCGCGCCUGCCAGGGAAGGCACCUUGCCCGGCCUCCCACCGCUCGGCCCGGGCCCGGCCGCGGCCCCAGCCCCAAGCUGGAGGCCGCCGCUGCCGCCGCAGCGCAGCUCCGGGACCGGCCCCCCUCGGGCCGCCGGGGCCGCCGCCGCCUCGUCGCCUGUGCUGCUGCUUCUGGGGGAGGAAGACGAGGACGAGGAAGGCGGGAGCAGGCGGCGGAGGGGGCUCGGGCGGGUGGAGGAGAAGCCCCGAGGGGGCGCGGAGGAGGAGGAUGACGACGAGGAAGACGAGGACGAGGAGGUGGUCGUCGAGGUGGUGGACGGCGACGACGACGAGGAGGACAGCGAGGAGCGCUUCAUGCCCCUCGGCCCCGGCCGUGCGGUCCCCAAGGGCCCGGCCCGGGGCGCGUUGAAGGUGGGGAGCAUUAAACGGGAAAUGACCUUCACAUUUCAACCAGAGGACUUAAAACGUGACUCUAGUAAAAAAAUGUCUCAUCAACACUUGUUUCCCUUGGCCAUGGAAGAAGAUGUGAAAACAGCAGACACCAAAAAAGCCAACCGAGCCCUUGACCAUGAAAAAGAAAAUACUCGCUCCAUCUGUCUCCUUGAGCAAAAACGAAAAGUUGUUUCUUCCAAUAUUGAUGUUCCUCCAGCAAGGAAAUCCUCAGAGGAACUGGACAUGGACAAGGUGACAGCAGCAAUGGUACUAACCAGCUUGUCCACCAGCCCUUUGGUUCGGAGCCCACCUGUGCGGCCGAAUGAGGGCCUCAGCGGAUCCUGGAAGGAGGGAGGAGGCGUACCUUCCAGCAGCAGCAGCGGCUACUGGAGCUGGAGCGCCCCCAGCGACCAGUCCAACCCGUCCACCCCGUCGCCGCCGCUGUCCGCUGACAGCUUCAAGCCCUUCCGCAGCCCCGCGCCGCAGCCGCCGCAGGACGACGGCAUCGACGAGGCAGAGGCCAGCAACCUGCUUUUUGACGAGCCCAUCCCCAGGAAAAGAAAGAAUUCUAUGAAGGUGAUGUUCAAAUGCCUCUGGAAGAACUGCGGGAAGGUGCUGAGCACGGCGGUGGGCAUCCAGAAACACAUACGGACCAUUCAUCUUGGGCGUGUUGGGGACUCCGACUACAGUGAUGGCGAAGAGGACUUUUACUACACUGAGAUCAAGCUCAACACAGACUCAGUGGCAGAUGGACUGAGCAGCCUGGCCCCUGUGUCACCGUCUCAGUCCCUGGCUUCGCCUCCCACUUACCCCAUCCCAGAUUCAAGCCGAACAGAGACUCCUUGUGCCAAAACUGAGACUAAACUGAUGACACCCUUGAGCCGCUCAGCUCCCACCACCCUCUACCUCGUGCACACCGACCAUGCUUACCAGGCCACGCCCCCUGUGACCAUUCCAGGAUCAGCCAAGUUCACCCCCAAUGGCAGCAGCUUCAGCAUUUCUUGGCAGUCUCCUCCGGUUACCUUCACUGGCAUUCCAGUGUCACCAACACAUAAUCAUCUGGGGGGCACAGGCGAGCAGAGACAGCACACUCACACGGUCUUGUCCUCGCCACCCAGAGGGACCGUCAGCCUGAGGAAACCCCGGGGAGAGGGCAAGAAGUGCCGCAAGGUGUAUGGCAUGGAGAACCGGGACCUGUGGUGCACGGCGUGCCGCUGGAAGAAAGCCUGCCAGAGGUUCACUGACUGACCCCUGAGACCACCGAGCAGGCGACCCGCCGCCCCGCUGCCCUUGCCUUCCAUGGCAGGCUCUGGAAAAGCGCUUUUUCUUCCGAACAAAACCCACUUGAAGCCCAGGAAAAGCGCUUCCAGGAAACUUGGUGGAAUGACAGCAAAAAAUAAAAUAAAAUAAGGUCACCACCCUCACUGCUCUUGCUGAGAACCCAGCAUCGGGCAGUUUUAUUAUUUUUUUUUCCUU